GACUAUUCGUGAUAACAACAAGCGGUUGUUGAAACCUGCAAAGUAAAAGUUGAAGACGUAUUACAAUAAAAUAAAACAAUAUGUCGAUGAAAACGCUACCAUUAUUGUUUAUUAAUUUAGGGGGUGAGAUGGUUUACAUAUUAGACCAAAGACUAAGAGCACAAAAUAUUCCUGACUCUAAAGCAGCAAAAGUUUUACAUGAUAUUGUAUCAACCAUGUUUAGUAAAAGAUUUAUGGAAGAGCUGUUUAAGCCUCAAACUUUGUACUCUAAAAAAGCUAUGAGAACUGUCUUUGACAGACUGGCUCAUGCCUCUAUCAUGAGACUUAAUGCUGCAAGUAUGGAUAAGCUGUAUGACUUGAUGACAAUGGCCAUCAAAUAUCAAAUAUCAAUAUGUUAUAGACCUAAAGAUAUCAUACUGAGUACUUUAAAUCAUAUGGAUGCUAUUAGAAACUAUGUAGAAGAAGCACCAUCUAUUAAACAACAAGUAGACUAUAUCUAUAGAAUGUUGAUUGAGACCUAUAUUCCAAUGUCUGCCGGAGAGUGUCACCUAAUGAGACAGACUUUACUCAAUUUCUUUCAAGACAUGCACAUAAGGGUAUCAAUAUUCUUAAAAGAUAAAGUUCAAAAUAAUAAUGGUAGAUUUAUUUUACCAAUUGGUGGACCUUUACCAUAUGGUACUGAAGUUCCUGGAACCAUCAGGCUGUUUACAGAUGAUGGUAGAACUAAAAAUGAUCAAUUUCCAGCUGGGGGAUCAUAUAUACUCUCUAAAAAAGAAGGUUCAUUUGAUAUGAAAGGAGAUAGAGUGACAAAAUUUGGAACAAAUAUGUAUUCUACCUCAAGACCAGUUGAAACUACCGUAAUACAACCUAAAAAUACCAUACCUUCAUCAGAUCUGGACACCAGUAAUCCUAAUCCUUUAGCAAAGGCUCAUUUAGACUUGUUAUCACAAUUAAUUGGUACUAAAUUAAUGAAAGAUAAAUCAGAAUUUAGACUGAACUUAUUUAAAACAGAUGAAGAAGAAAGCAAAGCUGCAGCAAUAAGACCUAUUGAAACAACAGAGUCACAAGUAGUCAAAAUUGAUGCUUCUAAAAAAGCUAAGAAUCCAGAGUUAAGUCGUAUUAUGGGUGAAUUAUCAGUAGAUAAUGAUGAUAGAAGUAAUGAUGAUGGUGAUGAUUUACUUGAUCUAAUGGAUAGUUAAAUUACUGUGGAUAGAUAGUCAAAAUAUCAAAACUUUAAGCCAAUGUCAUGUCAUGUCUCAAUCUACUUUUUUUUAGUCAACCUUAUCAAACCUUUUGAAAGUAAUAUUACAUUAGCUAUGUUACAGUUUUGAAAGUAAUAUCACAUUAGCUAUGUUACAGUUUUGAAAGUAAUAUCACAUUAGCUAUGUUACAGUUUUGAAAGUAAUAUCACAUUAGCUAUGUUACAGUUUUGAAAGUAAUAUCACAUUAGCUAUGUUACAGUUUUGAAAGUAAUAUCACAUUAGCUAUGUUACAGUUUUGAAGUAAUAUCACAUUAGCUAUGUUACAGUUUUGACCUGUUGUAAAUUAUAGAGUGAGACUUGACAUUGGCCUGAAGAUUAUAUAGAUUAAUAUAAAGAAAUCCAGUCUGUAUUUAUUUAUUUAGUGUUUAAUGUAAUUGUUAGUUAAUUUAGUGUAUGCCUAAAAUAUAUCUAAGUCAACUUAUUUGAAUAUAUUUAGCAAUAGGUUGAUCACUUGGAUAAGAUCUGAUUAUUUAUAUGGUGAAAAAAUCCAUGUGGGGCCUUAAUCACAAUUUUUUUUUUUCAAUGGUUUUUGCAAGAUUCCGUCCACCAAUUGAAACAAAACAUUCCCAAGUGACAUAGGUUAUAUUUAUGAAAUAUUGUAGCAAUUGAUAAUUCCAGUCAAGUAUGGCAUCAAAGUUCAUUUUACACGUAGUAAAUUUUGUCAUCUUGUUUAUUAUAUGUAUUGAGUCUACAAAUUGUUAUAAAAAUGACUUUGUUGCUAUUUGUUUAUUUCAAACAGUUAAUUUGCUCGACUGAUAUCUGUGAAAAUAUGUUUACUUAAUUUUUUUCAUUUCUUGGUUUUACAUUUUCACCAAAAUGGUCCGUCCAUGGUUACUGUUUUAUACAUGUUGUGUUUUAGUGAAUCAAAAAUUAUUCAAGAAUUUCUCACAGAGUGGCUCUGAGCUAAAGAGAUCUUUAAUAAAGAAUGUCUCAUCAUGUAAAUGUUUAAAUUUUGUAUGACGUUUUGUAAAUGUUUCAAAAUAAAAUAACUGUGAUAAAAU